AUGAGGUCCGUAAAAAUCCACAAUCAGAUCUCACAAUUCGGCGGGGAGGAGCCCAAUCGGCUAUUACCUUCCUCCGCUAGCCCAAGCAGCUCUUGGAACCAGUCCCUACGCUGUGGCGGCACACCCGUCGUGGACGGCCUCGGACUGUCAAGCUCGGGGUCAACCAGGAAGACUGCGCCAAACUUGUUGCACCCUGAUUUGAGAAAUCCCGGAGGGAAAAAGGCGCUACGGUGGUGGUGCUGGUACAUGUUCGGAAACGCGAUGCAACGACCGGCAUUGAUUUCGCAUCGAAGAAUUCCGAAUGAAAGUACAGUCGUAAAUGAUACAAAACAAGGAGGGGAUGGACCGAGGGACGACGUCGCGGUCGAAAGGUUCAAUGCUCACUUCCCCAUGCCAGACAAGGAGAACCAGAUUGCCAUAGGAGGACCUCGUAUGCUAUACGGCAACAGUAUCCAGGUCGACGCCGGAGAUAUGCUACGCGGAAGGAUCGUUAUCUAUGUGGACCUGCAGCGCUCUCAUCCAUGCAGGCGGGGCAGCUUGGGGAUUCAUGAUGAAGAUGUGGGCUUGAACAAUCUCCCAUCGCCAGGUCCAGAUAGCGUGUAUCCGUACGGAAUCAUCACAUCCAUGGGUGUACAUGGCGAACGGCAACAAUGA